AGAGUCGUGAUAACUUAAAACGUGAUUGUUAUAUCACAUAAAACAUUAAUGAUACACAACAAAGUCACGUGUGCUUUUAAAUGUAAAACAAGCGGGCGACAGGCAAUUUACAAGAUAUUAGUGAUCAUGACUUCAAUUAAAUUAAAAGAGAUUUUUAAACCAGAGUAUGUACAAAAAGAAUUUUAUACAGGUGGUCAUAUUGAAUGGACUCCAGAUGGAAAUUAUUUGUUGUGUCAAUGUGGGCCAAGGGUUUCCGUACUCGAUAUGGAGACGACUACCAUAGUUGACACUGUACCUAGACGUGUUGAUAGGGAUAGGACUGGUGAUGAAGAAGAUGAAGAAGACGAGUCAGCUGAUAAUGUAUUAACAUUUAUUUUAGAUCCUACUUGUAAAAUAUUAAUAACAUCACAUAAAAGUGGACUACUAUGUACUUGGGAUUUUGCAGAAAAAAAAUUAGUUAAAUCAUGGCAUCAUCUACAUAAAGGGCCAGUUAUGCAAAUAUCAGUUACUAAUGAUCAAAUGUUAGCCUCUGGGGGAACUGAUUCUAUAAUACGGUUGUGGCAAACAGAUAAAGCUCAUUGUUUAUAUGCUUUACAUGGAUUACAAGGUGUAACAAGCUUAUUAAAAUUCUAUCAAAAGUCUGAUAUUGAACGCUGGUUAUUUGCUGCCGAUGAUAUGUCAGAAAUUCAUGUAUGGAAUUGUAAUAAUGGCAAGCAUUUGUUUAAAUUACAAGGACAUUUUAGCACAAUCACAGGUUUAGAAUUUUACAAUAACCAGUACUUUGUCAGUUGUAGUAGAGAUAAAGUUAUAAUUCUUUGGGAUAUAUUGUCCAUGAAACAACUAAAUACUAUAGCUGUUUAUGAUAGCUUAGAAACAAUGGUUGUAUUACCAAAAUAUUUUUACCUGCAAGAAGUUCAAUAUAAAUCAUCUGGAAUUUGUGUGGCUGCUGGAGGAGAAAAUGGAUUUCUUCAUAUAUGGGAUGUUGAAAACAAUAUUUCUAUUUUUGAAGAAAAAGACUCUGUUCAAGAAUCUAAUAAUUCUUUAAAAUGUAUUACAAAUUUAUUAUAUGAUAAAACUCAUUCAAUGUUAGCAAUAUGUUAUGCUGAUAAUACAGUUGUACUGCAAAGCCUUGGAUCUAUCCAGUCAAAAAUAACUUUAAUUGGAUCUAAUGAUGAAAUACUAGAUACAGCUAUAUUAGGUAAUGAAAGUAGCCGUUCUUUGGCUGUUGCUAUAAACAGUUCAGAUAUUUAUUUAUUUCCCUGGCAAAAAAAAAUAUUUGAAAGUGAAAAUACCGAGUAUGAUAAAAUUGAACUUGGAGUUUGCUGUAAACAACUUAAAGGUCAUACUAAGACAGUUUUAUGUCUAGCUUCUCAUAAAAAUAUUUUAGUGUCUAGUAGUAAGGAUCAUAGUAUUAGGGUUUGGUCUUAUUGUAAUGUCUUAAAAACCGCAAAAUGUGUAGCAAUAGGAUUUCGACACACUGGAGCUGUGAAUUCUGUAGCAGUUUCUAAAUCUUUGGAAUUUAUUAUCUCAGCCAGUACUGAUACAACAAUAAAACUUUGGAAGCUCCCAAAAGUUUUUAAAACUGACGGGCAUGAAAUUUUAAGUGUUAAAAUUACUGAGGUUGGCCAUGAAAAAGAUAUUAACAGUAUUUGUAUUUCACCUAAUUAUCAGACUAUUGCUACUGGAUCUCAAGAUAAAUUAAUCAAGAUUUGGUCUUCGAAUAAUCUCUCUGUACUUGGGAUUUGUCGUGGACAUAAACGAAGUGUAUGGUGUGUACGUUUUUCACCAAUUGAUCAAGUAUUGUUAUCAUCCUCAGCAGAUACAACAAUAAAAAUCUGGUCAAUUAGUGAUUUCUCUUGUCUUAAAACACUUGAAGGCCACGAUUCAUCUGUUCUUAAGUGUAAUUUCUUUAACCAUGGUACUCAAUUACUUAGUUGUGGUGGAGACGGGCUUGUAAAAAUUUGGUGCCUUAAGUCAAGUGAAUGUAUUUCUACAUUAGAUAAACACUCAUCUAAAGUAUGGGCUAUGACAAUUGUGAAUGAUGGUUCUGUUGUUAUUACGGGUGGUGCUGACUCAAGAUUAGUUGUGUGGCAUGACCGUACAGAGGAAGUAAAAAUAGCUGAGGCUACAGCUCGACAGACAAAAGAAAUUCAUGACCAAAAACUGCAAAAUCUAUUACAACAUGAACAAUUAUUACCAGCUCUUAAAGUAUCAAUUAAAUUAGAUAGGCCGAAUACAGCACUUAAAAUAAUCCAAAAACUUACUAAACAAGGUCAAGAACAAGAUCUUAAAAUAGUAUCUCAAAAUAUUGACAUCGAACAAAAAGAAAAACUUUUAAAUUAUGUGUUAGAUUGGAACACAAAUGGAAAAUAUUGCCUCGCUGCUCAGCUUGUCCUUAAUGUUCUAAUGGAUGAUAUAAUGACUGGAAAAUUAAUUUUGAAUCAAGAAAAGUUACAGGGAUUAAUGGCUUAUAGUGAUCGUCAUUUUAAAAGAUUGACGACAAUGAUGACAAACACACAAUUUUUAAGAUAUACUACAAAUUGUAUGGCUCCUCAUUCUUCAGUUUAAUUAUGAUUAUUUUUAUUAUAAAUAAUAAAAUCUUUUAGUUAUUUUUUU